AUGAUCGAGAACGACUGCGACGGGAGGGCAUUGGGGCCGUACAUCGAUGCAGUGAACAGCCUGAAUGGAGGACGAGGCAUCCUGGUCCACCCUGCUGGCUUGGAGAUCGCACAAUCGACGCCGUAUCCGAAGCACUACUACCGACUAAACUACACCCGCCUGACCUUCGACGAAGACAACUGGACGCAGGGAGAGGCUCUGAGCUUUCAGCACUUUCCUUCCUGGUCCUUCAUCCCUGGCAUUGGAAACGGCUGCAAUGACUUUCACGUGGUGGAGCAAGCCAAGGUGGCCAAUGCAACGGAGAGGAUCUGGAUGACUCCGAGGGGCCCAUGGAGCCAGAUGUCCAGAUCCACAGGCGGACCCCUGCCCUGGGCAUUCAGCAGCCACCUCGACUCCUGGGACUACUCCCGGAUGGCAGUCCAACAAUAUGCGCUGAAAGGGGCAAAAACGGCGGCAGUGAUUUAUUGGUGCUGCACCAACACCUUCUUCAGCGGCGUUGGACAAGGGGCCUUGCAGCACCUGGCUGCGAACGGCUUUGAAGUGAUAAAGGCGUUUGAGGUGCAGGACAACAUGACCGUGCUCGAAGAUGCUAUCGACUGGGUCAUCGCUACGAGAGUGGACGUCGUGCUGACCAGCCUGACCACGGGUGUUUUCCAACUGUUUCUGGACGGCAUGGAAGCUCAUCGACACCAGUACGUGCCCGCGGGAAUCUUUGCGGUGAAUCUCCCUUGGUUGCGAGAUGGGAUUCGAUGCUUCGGCUUGGGCGAGACGUGCAGCCACAUCCUCACAGGUGCCCAGCCAUUCGUAUUUCCGCAGAUCACCCAUGUGGUUCGCGACGGCGUCAUCGGCUUAAAUGGCUUGGAGUAUGGAGCACUCCUGGGAACUGAGCCCAGCUAUGAUCCGGAGGUGGGCUUGUCGGCCUUCUUGCAGGCAGUUCAGACCGUCUUUCAGUUUCGAGAGGUGAAGGAUCCGACGAACUUGCUCCACUCCGCGCUGGAUCCCGAUGUCUAUUUGGCCGUGAGGGACUUGAUGCUCUCUGGUGAAUCUUUCGGCAACACCUUCGCUGGACCUGCUGCCUUCAACCAGUGGGGCCAGAUCAAUGGUAUGCCCCCGCCUACAUCCACCAUCAAGGACAGUGAAACGCUGUCGGUACUCUUCCCACCAGAGUAUGCUGAUGCUCCCUUCAAUUACCCGUUACCAGCCGCCCGACCAUGUCCGACAGACUGGUACAAGGUUUGGAAGUCGACCAAUGAAAGCUGCCUCCUCUGUGAAGCUGGCGCGCGCCCGUGCCCGGCAAAUAGCCAGCGCAGCGAUCCCGCUUUCGCCUGCAGCUGUCGCCGCGGUUUCUACGAGAGGUUGGCUUCUGAAUGUCUGGAGUGCCCCAGCGGGGUCAUCUGCGAGGAGGGUGGCUCCGAGCUCGCGAGCUUAAACCUCUCCCAAGGCUACUGGCGGCUUGCGCGGGAUGUCACUGACGUCUAUGCGUGCAGCACUGAAGAUGCCUGUCUCGGUGGUACCGCCGUCGGGGACGAGGGCUGUGCGGAGGGCCAUGAGGGUCCCAGAUGCGAGAGCUGCUCCGACAUGUUCUUCCGUGAGCCGGACACCGGCCGAUGCCGAGCGUGCUCCUCUGCGCCGGUGUUUCUGGGCCCGGUUCAGUUGCUGGCGCUGAUGUUGGUCGUGCUGCUCUGCAUCUUCAUCUGCUUGCGCCGGAAGAUCCGGAAUGUCCUCGCGCAUGCCACUCUCAAUGGCAAAACAAAGUUGAAGGAGGUGAAGACGAAGAUUAAGAUCGCCGUGUCGCUCUUCCAGGUCAUGAACAUGGUCCCUGGGGUCUUGCCCUUCAUCGAAUGGCCCUCAAUCUUCCUCUCCUUCCUCAAUGUCCUGGGCAUCUUCAACCUGUCCAUCUUCCAGGUUUUACACGCAGAUUGCAUCCAUCCGAACACCUUCUAUGAUCGGCUCCUGGUGCACACCCUGCUGCCGAUGAUCGUGUGGGCUGUCCUCGGCCUGUCUUGCGGCAUCCACACACUCCAGCAAAAGGCAGAGGAUCGGGGAGAGACCGUCUCAGGAUAUAUCGGUGCUGCCCUGCUUGUGGCAUACCUUUCCCUGCCGGUCACGUCGAACACUAUAUUUGACACCUUCAAAUGCGAAGCAUUUGAUGCAGGCGCUGGGAAUCGUCGGAACUUCCUGGCCUCAGAUCUUCGGCUCGACUGCGACACGGACACCCAUCUCAAUUUCCAGAUUUAUGCUGGCGUCAUGGCUCUUGUGUACCCGAUUGGCAUUCCCAUUUGGAUGGCUGCCAGUCUGUACCGACACAGAGGGGGCAUCGCUCCUCCGGUGAACUUCUACGAGAUGUCCCGGGCUCAAGCAGAAUGGGAGGAGCUGUCCGCUGGAAUGAGCAUGCGAGCAAAGCUGAAAAAGACGCUCACGAAGACCAAAGGCAGCCUCCUCGGGAAUCAGUUGGAGACCAAUGCGCCAGCUGCGGAAAACUCCGAUCCGGUGCUCAGGCUCGUCUCCUUGGAAACCGGUCGGCAAUACCGCGGAUUCCUGUCCAAGGACAGCAAGGACUGGGCCGGUAUGAAGAAGCGAGAGGACGACUCGUCCAUCCAGCAUCUCAUCUUCAUCUACGACGACUACAAGCCGAGCUGCUUGUAUUUCGAGGUUUUCGAGAGCAUGCGGAAGGUCUUCCUCAGCGCCGUCUUGGCGUUUUGCAUCCCGGGCUCUUGGAUGCAAAUCGUCAUCGGCAUCCUUGCCUGUCAGCUGACGCUGAAGAUUCUGCAGCUGGGCUCCAGCCGUUGA